AUGGUUCUAGCUGCCGUGGGGCAGCUCUGCGCAACAGCGAGCAUCACUUCCAAUCUCUCUCAAUGCCAGGCAUUAGUUCGCAAGGCAGCAGCUGCUGGUGCCAAGGUGCUGUUUCUACCCGAGGCAUCGGACUAUAUAGCUUCAUCUGCGGAGGAGUCCUUCUCUCUAGCUCAAUGCAGUGACUGCAGUGACUUUGUAUCGGCUCUGAAGCAGUCAGCCAAGCAGGAAAACCUGCACAUCAACGUCGGAGUCCAUGACGUUGCUUCUGAGCAUAGACUCAAGAACUGCUUGAUUUGGAUCGAUAAUAAAGGAGAGAUCACCCAGAGCUACCAGAAGAUACAUCUUUUUGAUGUCGACAUCAAGGGUGGUCCUGUUCUAAAGGAGAGCGCGAACGUCGAGCCAGGACAGAAGAUUAUUCCUCCAUUUGAAACACCCAUAGGGCGCGUUGGCUUGUCAAUUUGCUUCGAUUUACGCUUCCCUGAAAUGAGUCUAGCCCUGAGACGCCAGAACGCCGACAUCAUUACAUACCCUUCAGCAUUCACGUUUCCAACAGGAAAGGCCCACUGGGAGGCAUUACUACGAGCAAGAGCCAUUGAGACCCAAAGCUAUGUCAUAGCAGCCGCGCAGGCAGGUCCCCAUAAUGAGAAAAGACGAAGCUAUGGUCACUCGAUGAUCGUCAAUCCGUGGGGAGAAGUGAUUGCGCAGUUGGGCGAUGAGUACCACGAGCCACAGAUAGCUACCGCUGAUAUUGACCUCGACCUUGUGACGAAAAUACGACGAGAAAUGCCCCUCCUCAGAAGAACGGAUCUCUACCCAGGAGUCUAG